UUGCCCUUAUUUGCUGUUGUGAUCCUUGCGUCCAAGUACGAAUCAUACAAUAAACAUCCACAGUAAGUAAUCCAUCAAAGCAGGCAUCUUACUUAGCACACUGUUGAUUUAUUUAUCAGUAUUUAAAUUUCCUCAAGGAAACUAUCGUUUUUUUCUCUUGAAGUUGUUGGAUCUCAUUUAGUGACGCGCUGAGCUGGUCAGUAGCCACACCCAUGAUUACAUUGGGAUUGGUGAGUUUAUCUAUAAAUAUUUUAACUGACCUAUCCAAAUAUGCAAUAGUCACAACACACAACCUCGCGGUGUAGCCAGUACCUUACACAUUCGCACAACCUAACGCCCGGGCGGUGGUAGCCAUGAACAGCUGUUUCGUCCGCAUUUGGGCUUAUAAGCUGAUGGCAUAGCCGUCAUCAGGCCCUUAUACAACCAAAGGACCGUUGCCCAUUAUGACCGAGGCGAGUAAGAAUUAAUGAGCUCUUUAAACGACAGCCCAAAUGAGUAACUGUUACUAUUUAUACCUCAACUGACAGAACCUAAGAUGAUAUCAGUUAAUUUUUCAUGCUUGGUACUGAAUACUGACGGUGUUACUGCCCAACACGUCGGACAUUUUUCUGAACACUUGAUCGUGAGAAACUAGAAAUGCUUUAUUUUCAGACUAGUGGUUUCUCCUGAAAAAUAUCUGCAGUGUAAUAUGUUAUUUCUACUGCAACCCCAGUUUUUUUCUCUCACUUCUUUGUAUAUUUUAUUGCAGUAUUGCGCUGAUAGAACCAAUAACAUUGCACUGCCAUAAGUUAAGAAAUAUACAUAGUUCUACAGCAAAUGGCAAAGUUAAGCAUACCAAGAAAGUGAUCAUCAAAACCGCCUCCUUUUUUCAGGUUCAAUUCGUUCUUGUUAUUUUACUGGUAAAAGCUUUGGUUACUUUUCGUAAGUCUGGUGACGCGAAUGAACAUGAAGACAAGAAAAAUGUUGUCAAGUAAGAUACACUGAACUAUGAUUUUAUAAAACCGAUAUUCUCAGUUGGAAAGCAGUCUUACUGGACAGGCCUCUAAUUUUCAGUCCAGUUACUAACACCCUGCCCCAACAGAAAACUCAGGUGGGUCCCUUACACAACAAUGAAACAUCGGGGCGAAACACCCAUUCUUAGUUACAAAGGUGAGUCUAUCAAUUAUGCCACUCAUGAUAUAAUCGGUGAGUCUAAAACCUGUGUUAGGUGACAUGAAGAUGUAUCUCUAGCUUGCCUUUAACGUGGCCUCUAAAGUCUAAGGCUUGUCAGAACACGGGAUAUACAAGUGAGCCCACACUGACGUUGAGCAGUAAACUCAGGAUGAAAUUCAAGUAAGAGCAGACCACAUAAGCCCAACUGUCCAGUAGCUCUGCCUCAUAUUUCAUAUGCAUGUCAACUUCCAAGAAGGUUUCAGCAUAGUCUGUUUAUACGGUCUCUUUGGAGAGCCUCGAGCGCCCGUAAGAAAGUUAAAAACGCUCGAAGCGGGUUUUCGCUUCGCGCGCCCUCAUCCUAUAUAUUAUUAAACAAAUGCUUAACCUCAUUUCCAGAAUUUUUAAGUGACUAACGGUGAAUUAAAUAACUUUAACAGGUCUGGCUUGAAAACAGUAGUUUGCAUAACAAUCACUGUGAUUGUGACGUGGCUUCUAGGAUCACUGUCUCUGAACAUAGACAAAGAUGUCUACCAUGUGUUCUUCACUAUAUUCAACGCCCUUCAGGUAAAUUUUCACUCGGUCUUGUGACAUUCAACACAAAGGUACCUGGAGGAUAUGCUUUUUUUCCCCCACCAAACAGUCACAGAAUCGCCAGGAAAUAUUCGCUGUUGGCUAGGGCUAUUUGACCUCAAAAAUUACUUAAAGUAAAAGUUUCCACAGUUUAAAAAGCGAGUAAAAAACUAUUUUAACUCUAGAUAAGUAGCAGAGAUACUGACUCUUGAACGAGAGCUGUAGUUAGCAUUUUAGAGGACUCGGAGGGUAACUCCAGUCCAAUUCCUGAUAUCUCUUAGUAUCAGGAGUAGUAGUCCCCCUAUGAACUCUUACAUUGUCCGCACUUGGUUCUGAGCCGUAUAGGCUUGAAAGCUAGAAUAUAAACUUACUAUCUAUUGUUAAACUCGCAGGGCUUUGCUUUUUUUCUGUUCUAUGUGGUCUUAAAUCCUCAAGUUCGCCAACUUCUUGUCACCGUUUGGGAGUGGAAAGAAUCCUCUGUGACGCCUUUUGAUGAACACGAAGCCAUCGAGAUUGAAGAAGAAGAGGUAACUAUAAGGCUUCCAUACUCAAGCACAACUGACAACCUGUGUUUGUACAGCCGAACGUUCUGAACAAAAAUUGCUGCGCCUUUAUUAUUAUCCGGGGAUUUGCAAACAAUUUGUAUGAGGCUUGAGUUCAACUUCCAACGGUGGGAAACGGGUUCUUGUUAACCAACAUCGCCGCAUUAGCUUCUGCUGUAAAACAGCAAAAUUUGAUUUAGAAACGAACAGUCUUUUUUUCUGUUUACUUCAGGAAAAAGAAAAGAAGAAAGGAAAAGGAAAAGGCAAAGCUGGACCUGAGAACAAAGAAAAAGACGCCAAACCAGAAGAACAAGUGACGACAGUUCAGAGCGUGGUAGGAGCUAGAUUAGCCGUUUCUUCUAUGGCCAACAAAACCAAGCCCAAGAACAAAGACAACGGAGUAACUUUGGUUAAAUUUGGAGAAAGAAAGGAAAUAGAAAAGGCUAACUUAGCGGAUAAACCCAGCAGGACUGUAUCAGUUAAAAAGCUUGCUCCCAUUUCACAGCCAAACAAGAACACUUUAUCAAAUCUGUCGCGUGAGCCUCGUGCAAGGUUAGAAAUGCAGGGACCCUGGACUGUUAAAACGCCCGCGCGGAAACCUACCGUUACUUUGCCAAAAGAAAAACGACCCCGUUCUCCUUCACCUAGUGGUCAGCAGUUGCACGUUUCGCUCCAUCAGGAUAAGAAAAAGACGCAGUUACAGAUAAAGGAUAAAGUUCCUGAAACAGGUAAAUAA